AUGCAAGAGUCCGCCACCGCGAGUUCAACCCCGGUGACAUUGUCCUGCGAAAGCAUCAAGACAACUAUAGAGAGGUAUAAGAAGGCUAGCUCAGACAGUUGGAACACGACUUCUGUUACAGAGAUCAAUGCUCAGUAUUAUCAACAAGAAUCAGCCAAGCUGAGGCAGCAGAUACAGAUGCUGCAUUUGAUGGGAGAUUCUUUGAGUGCCCUUUCCGUGAAGGAACUGAAGCAGCUCGAGAACAGGCUCGAGCGCGGAAUCACCAGAAUUAGGUCCAAGAAGCAUGAAAUGCUGCUUGCUGAGAUUGAGUACUCGCAGAAAAAGGAGAUUGAGAUGGAAAAUGAAACUGUGUACCUUUGCACCAAGAUAGCUGAGAUAGAGAGGAUGGAACACGUGAAUAUGGUUAUGGGCCAGGAGAUGAAUGCGAUUCAGGUGUUGGCUUCCUGCAAUUUCUUCCCUCCCAAUAUGUUGGAGGGUGGAAAUUCCUACUCUCAUCCCGAUAAGAAACUCCAUCUCGGGUAUGAAUCAAUAAUUCUAUGCAUACUAGUCUAGAUACU